GACACACACACACACACACACACACAAACAAAUCCCUUCUGAUGAAAGAAAAACGUAAGGCGGCGACAACCGACGAAAGGGAUUUCCCCACAUUCACAAGCGUAACCCUCAAAGCUUCUAACCAAAAGCUAUCGUUCCCCUCCACCCGAAUGGCAUGCUGCUCUUGGGCUGAGGAGCUUGCAUGCCGAGUGGCUCCUCAUUGCCGCGACCAAGCUCCUAAUAUAGUCAUAGCUAUCCUUCCUCUUGUUCCCCUCAUACAUCUUGGAAGUUUUAACUCUCCUUCAUAUCUUCUACCUUUCUCCAGACUUUCCACCUUGACAUCAAUCCCGUCAUCUUUCUGAUACCCUCCUCACGUCGAAUAUAUAUCUGCAAUAUCAAAUCUCAUUUCUAUCCAUAUACCCAUCACAACAGUUGUCCAAGAUGUCUCAAGUCGAAGCUCAGUUACAGGGCGUGAACAUUUCCGGAUCCAUCACCGAUUUAAACAAAAAGAUUCUCAGUAAAGAUGCGGUUGCAUUCCUUGCUCUCCUCCACAGAUCCUUCAAUGGAACCAGGAAGGAAUUGCUUCAACGCAGAGUAAUCAGACAAGCAGAACUGGAUAAAGGUUCUCUACCAGAUUUCCUCCCCGAAACAAAACACAUCCGAGAGAAUGAUGCGUGGAGGGGAGCACCACCUGCCCCAGGGUUGAUUGAUCGCAGAGUGGAAAUCACUGGUCCUACAGACAGGAAAAUGAUUGUCAAUGCUUUGAAUUCAAAUGUUUGGACAUAUAUGGCCGAUCUCGAAGAUUCCAGUGCUCCAACAUGGGAUAACAUGAUUAAUGGACAAGUCAAUCUAUACGAUGCAGUCCGAAGACAAGUCGAUUUCAAAAUAGGCGAGAAAGAAUACAAGCUCCGUACCGAUCGUACGCUCCCCACACUUAUCGUGCGACCCAGAGGGUGGCAUCUCGAAGAGAAGCAUUUCACCGUAGACGGCGAGCCUAUCUCUGGUAGUCUUUUCGAUUUCGGUCUAUACUUUUUCCACAAUGCCAAAGAACUCAUCGCCAGUGGAUUGGGACCUUACUUCUAUCUCCCCAAAUUGGAAUCUCAUCUCGAAGCUCGUCUAUGGAAUGAUGUAUUCAAUCUUUCUCAAGACACGCUAGCUAUUCCCCGCGGAACCAUCCGAGGGACAGUUUUGAUCGAAACCAUUCUUGCCGCGUUCGAAAUGGACGAGAUUAUCUACGAACUCCGUGAUCACAGCUCCGGACUCAACUGUGGACGAUGGGAUUACAUCUUCAGCGUCAUCAAGAAAUUCCGUAACAAUUCCAAUUUCGUUCUCCCCGAUCGAUCGGCUGUGACCAUGACCGUUCCAUUCAUGGACGCAUACGUAAAGCUUUUGAUCCAAACCUGUCAUCGAAGACAAGUGCACGCCAUGGGAGGAAUGGCCGCUCAAAUCCCCAUCAAGGAUGAUAAAGCGGCUAAUGACAAAGCCAUGGAAGGUGUGUAUGCGGAUAAAAUCCGUGAAGCCAAAGCCGGACACGAUGGUACAUGGGUAGCGCAUCCAGCCCUCGCAUCGAUCGCCUCUGAAGUAUUCAACAAGCACAUGCCCACGCCCAACCAAAUGUUUGUCCGUCGUGCCGAUGUGAAGAUUGGACAAAAUGACCUCUUGAACAUGAAUGUCCCGGGUGCCGUUACCGAAGAGGGAAUUCGCAAGAAUCUCAACAUCGGAUUGGGAUACAUGGAAGGCUGGCUCCGAGGCGUUGGAUGCGUGCCGAUUAAUUAUCUCAUGGAAGAUGCUGCGACGGCAGAAGUGAGUCGUUCGCAAUUGUGGCAAUGGGUUAAACACGGUGUUAGCACUGCGGAGGGAAAGAAAGUCGAUAAGGCGUAUGCGUUGAGAUUACUCAAGGAACAGGCGGAUCAAUUGGCGAGUAAGGGGGCCAAGGGAAACAAGUAUCAAUUGGCUGCUCAAUAUUUCUCGAGUCAGGUUACUGGAGAGGAUUAUGCGGAUUUCUUGACUACACUUCUAUAUAAUGAAAUUACCGCGGUGGGACAAUCAUCGCCUGCUUCUAAAUUGUAGAGGUGUGGUGUGGAUGGGUAUGAUAUCAUGAUAUCUGGAUUGUUUGUGAUUUUGGGAUUUGUCUAUUUAUUAUUCAUGAGGGAUUUAAUAAUACAUGAAAUUGUAAAAUGAAGUAUGAAGUA